ACCAUCCGGGAAGUGACGGGCUACGUCCUGAUCGCCAUGAACGUCUUCACAUACCUGCCCCUGGGGAACCUGCGCGUCAUCCGGGGCACGCAGCUCUACGAGGACAAACACGCCCUCUUCGUGCUGCUAAACUACCACACCAACGGCUCGCACGCCCUCCGCCAGGUGGGGUUCAACCAGCUCACGGAGAUCCUGGCGGGCGGGGUUGACAUCGAGAGGAACGAGCACCUGUGCCACGUGGACACCAUCGAGUGGAGGGACAUCGUCCGGGACCCGCUGAUGGACCCAGUGGUUCGGCAGAAUGGCAGGAAGU